UGAGCAGGAAGAUAACAUGUCACUUCCGGCGACCAUCUUUCAGCGGUUGAGUAGAACAGUCGCAAAUCUGGAAAAGCGUUGAAAUGUUUCCUAAUUGUGCAGGGGACAUAAUAUCUUUGUUUUCACCUAAACAAAAGCUACUUUAAAGAACCAAAGGGCCAAGUUGCGGGAAAAUCUUCAGUCAUCCAUUUGUCAUCUCCCUUCUCCCCCCUCUGUCUGGCUGGGGUGAGAGCAAGAGGGUCCCUGCAGUGAGCUGUAAAUGGCUGAGGAGCUGUGUACCGGCUGGUUUCGCAUUGUUGCAGGUACAGUAGGCUCCUUGGAGAUAGAGGAAUGCAAAUCUGCAACCAUGAUGGAAGGAUUGAAAAAACGUACCAGGAAGGCCUUUGGGAUACGGAAGAAAGAGAAGGACAAUGACUCUGCGGGGUCCCCAGACAGAGACGGGGGUUCUCAGAAGAAGACCAACGGGGCUCCUAAUGGCUUCUACGGAGAUAUCGACUGGGACAGAUAUAACUCCCCUGAGGUGGAUGAGGAGGGCUACAGCAUCAGACCGGAUGAGGAGUCGGAGGAUGGAGUGCCUGCCACCAAAAAGUCCCCCUUCUUUUCCUCUGACGAGUCGGAAGAAGAGGAGGACCAGAGAAAAAAAUUCAAAAUCAAGAUCAAGCCGCUGCUGGCCGAUCGUGUAGUGGCAGCGCCCUCAGUCGACGAGCUCAAAGCCUCAAUAGGCAACAUAGCCCUGUCCCCGUCGCCUCUGAGACGUAGCCCGGGUUUGAAAAGAAAUACAUCCAGUCUGAUUAUGGCUCCAGGUGAAGAGAUUGCCAGGCCGAGGCGUGCCGUCCCUGCUGUGGCCCCCACACCAGCUCCAGCACCACAACCCCCCAGCAGUCAGCAAACACCUGUCUCUCCAGACACCACAGCCUUGUUUGGGCCUCCGCUGGAAACAGCCUUUGGAGAACCGAAAACCGAAGCGGUUCUGUCUGAAUCCGAUGUGUGGCCGACUCCUCUGUCAGAGCCCGAAUCCUCUUUGACAAGAUCCUUCCCCGCAGGAACUCCACCUCCUCUUCCACCCAAGAAUGUCCCAUCAGCUGUCCCUCCCUCUACAGAUGACACAGAAGUGUCGACAGAAGCAGACAGCUCUGCCAGGAAGCCCUCAAUAGCUGACUUGGACAACAUUUUUGGACCAGAGCAGGCUCCUUCUGCUGGUGAGGACAAAGGUGACAUGUGGGUCUGCUUCAGUGAAGAAUCUCCUGACCAGCCGCCUCUGCCAGAGGAACCAGCACCUCCGCUACCAACCUCUCCACCACCUCCUGAAUCUCCUGCCCCUCCCUUACCUUCAUCGCUACCUCCCCCAGAAGACCCUGCGCCACCUCUCCCUACCUCUCCUCCUCCAAAAGAAGAGCCUAUGCCCCCUCUACCAACCUCCCCACUUCCCUCAGAGGAGUCUCCUGCACCUCCCAUCCCUUCAGGUCCUCCUACACCUGAGGACCGAAGUCCUCUCACGCUCGCCACAUCUCCACCCCCAGCACCACCAAAGGAGCUUGCGUCUUCUCCUGCUUCUUCUCCCCCUCCCGUCAACUCACCCACCAGUGUCCCACCACCCCCUGCUCCCAAAGCAAGAACCCCUCCAGCUGUGACUCCUCCUGCUGAGGAACCUGCAAUGCGCCCCAUCCCACCGCCUCUAGUCCUGUCUCAAGAGGAGCAAUCCAAGAACACAGACGCCACCCAACCCAAAGACGACGGAGGUGAAACCGUCACCUCGCCCAGCGAUGCUACCCAGGGGAGCCGAAGUACCCCUCCCCCACCGCCUCCCCCCACAUACCGGGCUGUGGUGUCAUCACCUGGUCCCACCUCUGGAGCUGGUGGCACAAAUAGUGGUUCCUCCUCUCCAGUGCGACCUGCCACUCCUUCGUCAGUGAACCCCACCCCACCACCACCUCCACCUCGCCCUCCUUCACGGCCCAAACUUCCUCCAGGGAAACCGUGUGUAGGAGAUACAAAUCGUCCAUUCAGCCCGCCGGUCCACUCCGCCAGCCCUCCUCCCAUUGCCCCGCUGGCACGGGCCGAGAGCACCUCCUCCAUCUCCUCCACCAACUCCAUGAGUGCCGCCACCACCCCCACGGUCGGUAAAGAGCUCUCCGUGUCCGUGUCAGAAGACGAUGCUUAUGUAGACAAACUGCCCACCUUUGAGAGGCACUUUGAUUCAUUUGCAGAGAAUGACCAGCCAUCCCUUGUAUGGUUUGACAGAGGGAAGUUUUAUUUAACCUUUGAAGGCUGCUCCAGAGGGCCCAGUCCUCUCACCAUGGGGGCUCAGGACACACUUCCUGUGGCCGCCGCAUUCACAGAGACGGUCAAUGCCUUCUUUAAAGGAGCUGAUCCCAGCAAGUGUGUUGUUAAGAUCAUAGGUGAGAUGGUUUUGUCGUUUCCGGCGGGAAUUACACGGCACUUUGCCAAUAACCCGUCCCCUGCUGUGCUAACUUUCAGCAUAACCAACUACAGCCGACUGGAGCAUGUGUUGCCUAACCCCCAGCUGCUCUGUUGCGACACCACCACACAGGCCAAGGCCGAUGCCAAGGACUUCUGGGUGAACAUGCCAAACCUGAUAUCCCAUUUAAAGAAGGUGGCAGAGCAGAAGCCACAGGCAACGUACUACAACGUGGAUAUGCUCAAGUAUCAGGUGUCAACGGGGGGGCUCCAGUCGGUUCCUCUGAAUCUAGCAGUGAGCUGGAGAUGUGAGCCAACCAGCACUGACCUGAGGAUAGACUACAAGUACAACGGGGAGGCCAUGACGACGCCAGUGGCCCUCAACAACGUCCAGUUCCUUGUCCCUGUCGAUGGAGGGGUUUCAAAACUACAGGCUGUCCUACCCCCUGCUGCAUGGAAUGCAGAGCAGCAAAGAAUCCUUUGGAAGAUUCCUGAUAUCUCGCACAAGUCUGAAAAUGGAGGUGUGGGAUCGUUGUUAGCACGCUUUCAGCUAACGGAAGGCCCCAGUAAACCGGCUCCACUGGCUGUGCAGUUCACCAGUGAGGGCACCACCCUGUCAGGCUGUGACAUUGAACUGGCUGGGCCAGGAUACCGCUUCUCUCUCAUCAAGAAGAGGUUUGCCGCAGGGAAAUACCUGGCCGACAACUAACCCGCACUACUGAGAACAUCGCUGUUGAACAAAACAGUUGCAGUGGACUGAGGUUGACACCGAGGACAGAGGACAAACAGACACCAGGCAGACUUUCCAUUCACCUUUUCUGAACCCACACGACAGGUCCGCAGCCUACCCAGCAGUAUUGUAUAACUUGCAUAUAGCAUUGUGGAACUGUUUUAGGUCAUGUAAUUAUCGUAUUUGUAUUCAUUUCACAACAUCUGUAUUGCUGCAGUUUGACACCUGGGUUCUUCCUCCCUCUAAAGUCUGUGCCUCUGUCUCCAUCCUCCUCUGGUCAAUGUGUGGUGGUGUUUUUUUUUUUUAAAGUUUCACUGCAGCUGCCUGACCGAAGACGUAAACGGAAAGCGAUUUCUGACGAUUUGGCUGUGGUUAAAAAAAAAAAAAAAAAAAUACCUUUGAUUUAAACCUUUGUGGUCAAACACACAUCUCAGUGGAAGUAGGGCCCAGGACAAUUCAUAGCAAGUUAUGCAUCAUUAGCAGAUAAAACAAUCAGCUCUAUAAAUAAUCCUUCUGUCAGAGUCUGAGCUCAAAGCCUGAGACGAUUGUCCUCAAACUCUGACGCGUAUGCUGUUACACUUUCCUUGUUUGCGAUCAUACGAAACACAGGAUCAAGUCACUACGAACUUGAACUAGAUUUUCAUGCAUCACUUACUGGUAGUACAGGGUCACAUGACUUUGGAUCGCAUCUUUUUUAAUAGGAAUGAAACGGUCAUUUUAUUUCAGUAUACAGAUGUGGAGAGGUUUUUAGCCAGGUAGGCAGCUGCAAUGAUAAAUCAACGUACUGGUUGAGAAAUAAGAAAAAAAUGUUUUCCCGUCAGAACAAAAGAAGUGUACAAAGUGUCAUUUUAAAUCACUAAUAUACUGUAUAUCUUAAAGGGCGUUUGGUGUUUUCCUCGUAUUGUCAGAUAGCCUUUCUGUUGUUCCCAGGACAGCAGUGAUAGACUCCAGAGUACAUGACAGCAUUCUAUUUUUAUUUAUUGAUGACGAUGAUUUGUUGUAUAAAAUGUGAUUCUGUAUACGAAUAGAGUUUGAAUGGUAUCACACAACUCAGAACCCUUAAAGGUAUAAAUAUUUGAAUUCUCUCUCUUUUUUUGUUAUCUGUGUAGUUGAGUAACCUGUGUACAGUAUAAGGUAUAAUUUUUGAAUUUAUUUCAGAUAUAAUUUUUUAACUCAAGUGCAACAGAAGAUUUGAGCUAUAUAUGGGUGUGGGGGAGGGGGGUAAUUUAAAGAAAAAGAUAAAUAUCUUCCUGGAUGCUGUGUUAUGCUUUGUGAAAGCAGUGUUACUGUAGAGUUAGCUAUAUCAUGGGCAAGGUCAAUACUUUGAACAGUUAGUUUAGCAUUUUGGGAAAUUGGCUCAUUUGUUUUCUUUAUCCAAGAGUUAGUGGUGAUCAGUAUGUGUCUGUUCAGUGCAAAGCUGGAGCCAGGAGAGGGACACUGGACACAGAUGGACACUGUCUGAGGGUAUAAAAACAAACAAAAAAAAACAACUGCUUAAUGGACUUCUGAAGUUCACUAAUCAACGCUCUAAAUCUUGUUUGUUUAAUCUGUACAAAAACUGACAUAAAGCUGCUUGUAGGCAGAUUUUUAGCCCUGCUGCUGGCUUGGUUAGUCUGCAUCUCUGGUCCAGAUUGAAACAUCUCAAUAAGUGUUGCUUGGAAUUUUUCUACAGACAUUCAUAGUCUCCAGAGGAUAAAUUGUAAUUACUUUAUAGUAUCCCUCUCAGACCACCAUAAGGUCAAAAUGUAUUUUUCUAGUAUUUUGGUUUAUGUCUACCUGCAGAACUAAUCAUUAGCUUCGGAAAAGCAGCCUCGGUUGUACUCAUUUGUGAAUGUUAGCAUGCUGAACUAUGAAUGAGAACAUGCUAAAUAUAACACCCCCAUCAACAUCAGCAUUGGUUAGCAGCUGCCAGCCUGACUGUAGACUCGCAGUCUUGUUUACCUUCAGAACCAGACUUCCCCUCUGUGUCUAGUCUUUACGCUAAGGUAAGCUAGCAGCCUCAUGGCUUCAGCUUUACAUUUAACAGACAGACAUUAAAGUGACAUCAGUCUGCCUAUCUAAUUCUCAGCAAGAAAGUGAAUGAAUAUGUUUCCCAAAUUGUUUAACAUUUCCCUUCAGUAAGGUCAGCGCAAUGAUUACAAAAGCAAUCAGUUUUCCUCCACAGCGGUGAUGAAGUUUGGUGACCUUGGUACCACUACUGGAGCAGGAUUUGUUUACUGGGACCAGCUUGUUUUUGUUUGUUUUUAAUUCAGAAAGAAGAACAUUGUUUUACUAAUCCAGCAUUCUCAGUUCUCACAUCUUCAGUUAUUCCUCAGCUUCAGCCUCGUGUCUGACCUGUUUUCUUCCCUGUUUCCAUUCACCUCAGUGGUACCUGAACUCCCUGACUGUAUCAUUAGCACACACUCUGUUUGUCCAGCCAGAGCUUGAAUCCAUGGCUUUAUUUUGCAUAAUUGUAUUGGUCUCUGUGAGAUGACAUGCGUUGAAUGAGGUUGUGAAGCAAGGUUAAGUUGACCAAAAUGUUUUUGUUUUUCUUUUGUAUUUUAUGUGUGUGUUCCCCGGACAGUCAGUCCUCUGGUAAGGAGAAUAAGCUGAAUAUUUUUAAAACAGAUAAAAGUGAAAACUAUUAUAUUGUUUAAUGUGGAAAAAAAAACACUGUGCUGAUGAUGUUGAACUUCCUGAAUGCUCUGACACAACAUGAAGAACAAAAAGUGUGUGUGAAGUGUAAACGAAGCUCUCUGUACUGUACUGAUGUCAGCAUUCUGCUAAAUGCAACCAAUCAUGGUCCUUUCAGAGCUGCAAUAGAAGAAUCUUACGAUGAAUUCAGGAAAAGCAGCAUGUCAGUACUCCCAUUUAACGACAGAGUACUUUCGAUCAGAUUAUUAUUUGGCUUAUGAAAAGAUCAGAUUUGAGCUGUGUUGUUAAAUCUUGUUUUCUGAUUUAUAUUUGUGUGCAGACUCGGUCUAAAAGAUGAUUGUGGAUUACCAUGAGGUUGCAUUUAAUUUCUUAAUGCAAGGUGAUGACGAUGAUUGGUGCCAUUUAGCUCUCACAUUAGUUUGGUGACAUGUUCCUCCAGUCAUGUCGAUCCUUCAUCUUGUCUGCUCGUCAUGUUGAGGGAUCAACAUGGCUGACAGGAAUCUCUAACCUUCUGAGUGAACCUUGAAGCUACAGUCACAACAGUCACUACAGCAUUAUCUACAGAGGCCCACCAUACACAUCCCUCACUGUGCAUCUGUUUUAAACUACAGUACGGGUUACAUGUCUUACAAGCUUCAAAGUUAUGUUACAGUACAACAACUCACUCUCAGUCUGUUAGCUGUCAGAUAUUUCUUUGCAUCUUUUUAAAAACUGAACAAAACUUGUAUUUUCCAGGUUGCAAUCUCUGUGGUAAAUUCUGCAGUAAGUCAUUAUUGCAUGCAGAGCAUGCAGUAAAAGGUGGUGCAUCUAUGAUGAUAGAUAGUACUGAAAUGACAUGUUGUGCUGAGUGUCAGUUAUCUGUAUUAAUGUGGAGAAGAGAGCAGGGAGUGUGUUUAUGUGUGCUAUAUGCCAGAAUGCUUUUUGGUUCUGUACCGUUAACCUCAAACACAUGUGCAAGAUGUUUGUACAGUACAUAACAAUGCUAAGAUGAACUGAGAAAAUUAGUUUGCUUCUUUCCAAAACCAAUAAAAGUUAUAACUGGA